AUGUCCCACCGCGAGCAAUUGCGCUCACCAUAUCAGAGAACCUUCCAAAAGGAGUGUCGCGCCUUUGUAAAAAGGGCAGAGGCUACGGCUAAUCAUGCCAGGAAAUACCCGGACAACCAUGAAAUAGAGCCUAACAGCGGGGUUUACAAAGGACUUGAUCUCGCUGAUCAGACAGAGUUUGAAGAUGAAUGCGAUGAUAUAGAGGCCCAUCUAUAUGGUCUGAUGCAAAAGGUUCAAGACUGCGAGAUAGAGCAUCUUUGGGUUGCUGAGUUUCUUGAGUUUACGUCUUUGCGUAUCCAGGAUCAAUUUCAUGUAUAG